GCCUCAGCCUCAGUCGCGCGGGGCUACGAUGUCGUCCCGGCCCAGGCGCGACGAUGCGGGGGCCGGGGGCGCGCGGCGGCCCCGGGAGCCCCCGGAGCAGGAGCUGCAGCGGCGCCGGGAGCUGAAGCGGCGGCGGCAGGACGCGCAGCAGCUGCAGCAGCUCAAGCACCUGGAGUCCUUUUAUGAAAAACCUCCUCCUGGGUUUAUCAAGGAAGAUGAGACUAAGCCAGAAGACUGUAUACCAGAUGUCCCAGGCAAUGAACAUGCCAGGGAGUUUCUGGCCCACGCACCAACCAAAGGACUUUGGAUGCCACUGGGGAAAGAAGUCAAAGUCAUGCAGUGUUGGCGCUGUAAACGGUACGGUCACCGAACGGGCGACAAAGAAUGCCCUUUCUUUAUCAAAGGCAACCAAAAGUUAGAACAGUUCAGAGUAGCACAUGAAGAUCCCAUGUAUGACAUCAUUCGUGAGAAUAAAAGACAUGAAAAGGAUAUAAGGAUACAACAGUUAAAACAGUUACUGGAGGAUUCAACAUCAGACGACGAUGGGAGCAGCUCCAGUUCCUCAGAAGAUAAAGAGAAACACAAGAAAAAGAAGAAGAAAGAAAAGCAUAAGAAGAAGAAGAAAGAAAAGAAAAAGAAGAAAAAACGAAAGCAUAAGUCUUCCAAGUCAAAUGAGAGUUCGGACUCAGAAUGAUGAGAGCCUGGCUUGUUCAACAUUCUCUUCUCAAAAACCAAACACUGUGGCCAAAGAUGAGAGGACCCGUGGAGGAAGGUGGAGUCGGAGAGGAACAGGAGAGAGAGACGCCCAAAGGGAAGACGUGUGGUGUCCCAGGUGCAGGUUCUCACCUGCCUUCCAGGGAGGAUGUGAGUUGUGUGCUGCCAGGUGCUAGCUCUGGACACGCCUGACUUCAGGCUGGACAGCUUUUCCCCUUGUGCUCCUCCCUGCUGAUCCCCGUGGGUCCCAGCUCCUUAGAAACGCCUCGGGCAGGGCGGCCAGAUGAAGGGAGCCUCUGAGGAGCUUCUCCAGGUGCUGCCGCAGGUUCCACCUCCAGGGGGGAGCUACUUGUGCCCGUAGAGCUCAGGCUUGAUUUCCCUCUGCUGCUGAGGAUAAUAAAAGCUCACUAUUUAUUUUUUAAA